CGAUUAUGAAUCAUUGAAUGAGACGGAAGAUUUAGCAGCAUCGGUGACGGGUCAAGAUUGCAUGGUCUUGGAACUAUAAGAUAACGACGUCAAACAGUAACAGUCCCAGUAGUGAUGCAGAAUAAAAGCAAAGUAAAGAUCAGUCUAUGAUGGUGGAGGGCAAUUAUAUUUGGAGUCCAUUUGAUCACAAGGGAAAUCAGUGAUCCCAGACACAGGUCAUCAUCAUCAUGGGUAAUGUUGAGGUCCAUGACCUGGCUCCAGUGCGUGCUGAUGAGAGAAAAGAGCUGAACCUGAGUAGGAGAGUAAAUUACAAACAGUACUUAAAGCACAUGAAUGGCACCACCCAUGACAGGUGUCUGACAGAAAUUCCAUGGGGCAUACGUGAUGCCAUUUCAUUGUAUGAAAGGAUGGAUGCCUCAUUUAAUGCCAUUCAAGACUUACCUGUUGAAAUCCCUCUUCGUCUCCCACACCUUAACUUCUUGGAUCUCAGCCACAACAGACUGACAAGCUUGCCAGAGAGCUUUGGGCUUCUUUUUCACCUGAAGACCUUACUGCUGAAGCACAAUCAUCUGUCCAAACUCCCAAACUCGUUUACUCACUUGGUCAAACUAGAGAAGGUUGACUUGUCCAAUAAUGGGUUGAGGGAACUCCCAGAGGCAGUGGGUGAGAUGGAGUCUCUGUCAAAAUUAAAUGUUGCCUAUAAUAAGCUGAAAACAUUGCCUCCUUCAUUAGGACAAAGUGAAGUGCUCUUAGUUCUGUUAGCUAAUAACAACAGACUUGAAAGCCCUUCUCAGAGCCUCUGUGAUGAGGGUUCAGAUGUCACAAUAGACUUUCUAAAGAAACAGUGGAAAGUUUCUACUAACUACAAACCCAAGUCACCAAAGACAUCUAACGAGUUUCCAAGGCAACGUGGCAAUCAGUUGAACAGUUCUGUGUCUAAUCCUCAUUCUGCCCAUGCCCAGUAUAUCCAGAGUCAAACGCAUACAACUAAUACUCCUAGUCGAAUCAAAACCCCUUUGUUACCUCCCUUGGAUGCUAGUCGCCUUCAAUCAGAUGAUCUCAGAGACAAAAUCAUAGGGAUGCUGUAUGGAGCGGCCAUUGGAGACGCCCUGGGCAUAGCCACAAGGUGGAUGUCACCGGAUGAAUGUAACUUCCACUAUGUGGCUGAAUGUUUGUCUUACUCUGACAUUGUUCAGGAUGAACAUAGAGUCCGGUGGAAGAAGGGAGAUUGGACAGACAAUAUGGACCAGCUGAUCCUGGUGCUUGAUUGUAUCCUGGCAUGGGCUGGUGUCGUGGAUGAGCUAGAUUUUGCCCAGAGGCUCUGCAAUUGGGUCAAACAUGGCUUUCCUGAGCUUGGAGACUCUGAGGGACACAUGCACAGUCCAACAAUUGAAAAGGUUCUGGCUGAAGUAGACUUUCUAAAGGACCCACACACAGCUGCAGCUAGAGUAAUCUCCCAGUACUCCACUGUCUCACCCUGCAAAGCUCCCACUGGCAUUGACCAUGUCAACAACAAUGGAGACGUACAUGCAAAUGGUGACAACUCAGUCCAGCAUAAUCCAACAAAAUCUUUGCUUAAGGUAGAAACAGUGAUUGAUGACAUUGGAACUGACAAUGGUUCACUGGCACGUUGUCUCAUUUUGGGUAUUCCAUACUUUCAUGAGAUAUCAGAGGUAGAAAGCAAUGCUGGUAGAAUUUGUAGGGCAACUCAUAAUGAUCCCAGAUGUGUUGCCAGCUGUGUCCUCAUCUCCGUAGUGAUUUCUUUAAUUCUGCAGGGCCGACAUGAUCUCCACUGCCCGGAUUCUGUGGAAGAUCUGUUACAGACUGCUAUUGGGAAGGCAAAAAAACACCUAACAGAUGUCAGUGAAAAGCAGAAGAAAGAGUUCAUGACUGCUGUCAACCUGUGUCAUCUGGAAAAUCUGAAACCUCGUGAGAAAGGGAAGGCCACACAUGUCCUCAAGGCUCUGUCAGCAGGGCUCAUAGUGCUCAGAGAAACCUCCAUGGAUUUCAAGACUGCUGUCACCAAGCUUGUCAUGAGUGCAGGAGACAGUUGCUCUAAUGCCUGUGUCGCAGGUGCCCUUUUGGGAUGCAAAGUAGGGUAUGCUCAUCUGCCACGAGCAUGGGUGGAAGGCCUAAGGAAGCGACAGGUGGACUGGCUGAACAUUAAAAUUAACCUUAUGUUGGACAUGAUGGGAAUACCUUAACAAACUAUUUGUUUGGAUUAGGUUGUGCAUGUUAUUAAUGCAAAAGGGGUGUUGAAAUCUGUACUGCUUAACAUACCAACUGGUGAUAUGCUUGUCUCCUGUUGACAGAAACAGAAGUUCUAUAGAGAUCAGGAGUUCUACAUAUACCAAGGAGGGAGUCAAAUCAGGGACUUUAAAAAUGGUACAUCUGGCUGGCAAACUUCGCACUCAGCAGUUGGGAAUGUAAGGGUGAAGUGUGUAUGUGGUCUUGGCUUGGUGCUUUAGUGAAGCAGUAAUAUUUAUACGAGGGCAAUCAGAUUGCCUUCUUACAUGUACAUUGAAAAUAAUAUUGACCAAACAGACAAAAACUUCCCUUGAUAUUAAGAACAAAUUUAACAGUACCACUACAGAACAAGUAGUUGUAAUCCAUUUUCCGGUAUCAAAUUAAACUGCCAACAGACUUCUACAGAAAGCUGGCACUGCAAAGGGUUCAUAUAUGUGUUCAUAUGAGGUAAGACAUGUUUCAUUUCUUUUUCUGAUUUGUGGGCAGCUCUGACAAAUACAUGUACACACUACACAUUCAUCUGUAAAGUAUGGAUAUGUACAUUAUAAAUAGAUUUUGGCAGCUUUGUGAAAAGCAUCAGUGUUAAUAGAAUGACUAAUGUAAUAUAUACUAGUAUAUAAUGUAUAUAUUGCCAAAGAGCUCCCUGUUGAGUAUGUCGAUGUUGACAAAUCAAAGAAACUGUUCCUGUUAAGGACCAAAAUUUAUUUCAGAUCUUUUUUAUUUUUUUGGCAUUGGAGAGAAAGGGAGUUUUGGAGGGGGGAGAGUAGGGGUAUGUAGAUAUUUAUUUAUGUAUAACAGACUGUAGCUCUUUAUUUGAGCAAAAUUUCAUGAGUAUGUGUUUGUAAAUGGAGUGAUUGCUUACGUUCAUACGAAAGGUACUAUUUCAUUCAAAUUGUUUAUAAAUCAGUGAUUAUGAUUUUUCAUUAUGUGUUAUCUGAAUUAAUGCAAAUAUUUAAAGGAUGCAUGUUGUUCCUGUUUCAUAGUACAAGGUACAAAUAUGUUAAUCUACUGCAUUUAUAGCAUCUUUUCAAAUGUGUCGAAGUAUUCAAUAUUAUUUAUUGCUGGUUUAUAUCUAAACACAUUAAGUAAAAUGGUCUGUGUAUUCAUUGUUAAGGACAUUGCAUGGUGGAAUCAUGAUAAUAAUGGCGUGUUUUAUUUUACCUUAUUUCAUAACGUUCAUAUGUAAAUUUAUUAAUUUAUUAGGUGGUUAUAUGUUUUCAGGUAGCCUAUUCAACAGAGAAAAAAACGUGGACUGCAAUAUUUGUAGGUUAGAUUAGUAUAUGUGAAACAAUUGUUGUUUUCUUUACCUAGUGAAAAAUCCUUACUAAGGAGAGUGUACUUGAAUAGUGAAAGCAACAUUUCAUGUUGGGAAUGCAGUAUUCUUUCAGGAUUGCACAAUUCUGAAGGCAACUAUUACAGUCUCUACCAGACUUCUGCAGAUUUGAGGCAAAUUCAGAUUGAUAAUGUUUGCCAUCGCCUUGUCCCCAUUUCACAUAGUGUAGGUAGCGCUACAUUAAUGUAAUUACCAUGGCGACGAAAUAGCCACAGCGCUGAUCGCCAUGGAAGUUACGUGCGCUUUGUGAAACGGGGCCAAGUUAGCGUGCUGAAUGGUAGAGACCAUUCUUACUCGGGGUGUUACCCUUCAGGCAUUACUUUUACAGCUUUUCACUGCCUGGAUUCGUCAUAGUCCAAAAGUGAUAUACCAUUUUGGUCAGUAAUCAAAAAAUUUUCUGUUUUUAUAUUGUGGUAGGUAUCUUGCUGGUCUGCACUUCUGGUAGUUGUGAAAUCGUGUGAUCUUAAAUAUAGAAGUAGUCUUGGUGUCUUGUCCUUGUUGUAAUUUGUGUGUAAAGGUAAACAUUUGACUAGAAAUUCCACACCAGUACAGAGGUUUAUACGAGGUUAUUUCUCAAUGAUGCCCUAUUUGCCUAGGUUAGUAAAUACGUUUCUAACCAUUUUCUAUGUGGAACAUCAUAACAAUUUUAUAACAGUAUGAUGUUUUCAUGUUCCUAGUUCAGAACAGUCAAAGCAGCUACUGUGUUUUUUUAAUGAUUUUAAUCAAAAUGGUUGCAAAUUUUUCUUCAUGCUCCUGGAUUCCUAGAACUCACUCUCAGUACUAGUUAUUACCUUAUGGUGCACAAUAAGAACUGGUCAUAAAGGAAAUUGUUAGCAUGGCAUGAUCAGCUUAGCCCAAUAUGUACCUGUAAAGUUUAUGGAAAAAUGUCGUUUAUUCAUUGUUUCAUUCAGUGGCUUUAAUUGUAGCAAUGUAAUGCCCUUCUGUUGCAGUCCAGUCCAGUCCGGAAAUUGCACAUAUCUGCCAUAGGUAACCACAUUUUGCUAUCAAUGAUCGCCUUCAAGACAAGACAAAUCAACUUGU